AUGGCAUCGACAAUCCGCAGCCUCGCCCACAUCAUCCCCCGGCGCUGCUGCACAACAACAACAGCAGCAGCCGUCGCCAUCCCGCGCCAGCACCAGUACCACACAACCGCCGCCCUCCGGCUGCCCUACAAAAACUCCCAGGACCGCCAGACGCUCAAGCCGGGCACCAACGAGGGCACGAGGUCCGGCCGCGACGAGGACGUGGCGGCGCAGAAGGACGCCGCCUUCAACCCGUCCAAGACGGACCCCGAGUCGGAGAAGGAGGCCGCGGGACGGGGCAACGAGACGAACCCGCUGAACGCAAGCGGCGCCAACCAAGAGUUCAACAAGCCGAUGGGGGACACGUCCACCGAGGCGCAGAACACGGGGCCGGGCAAGGAGACGAGGAAGGGCGGGAGGAGCGGAGGGGGGAGCCCGCAGAAGAAGGGGAAGCCUCCUGGUGGAGGGAGGUGA